AUUAAAUCUAAAUGGGAUGUGUUACAACAAAAAAAUUGACUAUAAUUUAGAUACCAAAGCCUCCCUUAAGCUAAGGAUCUUAAUCAAUUAAUGGAGAAGAUGAAUAAAAUUAUCGAAGUGCCCCUUAAAGUCCUGGUUUAAAAAAAAUUGUACAAAUUGGGGCUUUAACUCCUGACGAAAUUAAAGAUUUUGUCGUAGAAAGAAGAAAUUAAACUAACAGUGCAAAAAGAAUAGAAGUUUUAAAGAAAAGUGGUCGUUAUACACCUACAAUUAUAUAUAAAUAUAGAUAACAAUCAGCCUCCUUUAGAAGUCCAUCAAGGGCUACUAAUAUAUCACCAAUCUACCCUACUUAAAAAUGAGAUUAUUUUAAAUUUAUUUUGUAGUAGAUGC